CAGUACUGAACAUAAACUCUCCGAUUAGGAAACGAGGAAGUUGAAUAUGUUGAAUUUUUUUGGUGAAACUGUUGUUGGUGAAACUGGCUGGCAUAGCACAGGCAUAAAUGUCUUCUCCAACCCAAGCGGACGAAGAUGAGGUGGAGGAAGUGGAGUUUGUAUCAGAGGGUCAAGUCAGACCAGUACUGGAAUGUAUUGAUCUACUGAGUGAUGAUAGUGAGGAUGAGGGAUGUUCAUCAUGGGCAGGCACUGUUGAAGAUGAAAUCACCUGUCAGAGGAGGCGUGUUACAUCCACCCUGGACAGACUAGCACACCAGGUAGCUCUAGAGAAAAAGGAAAGAGCGAAUAAAUGCAGAGCAUUCAAGGAGAAGCAAAUCUCACAAAGAGCUCAUGGACAACAGGGGGUAUCUUUUAGCCCUGCAAAUGGAGCUAAUCGGGAAGCAAAGCGCUGUGUAGACAUGUGGUUAAAGAUGCCAGGUGCUAGACCUGGAGUGAUCAGCACUGGUUUUGGAAGAAGAGUCAGAGCAGCUCCCUUCCCCAGUGAGAGUUCAACCAGACACGUCUGUCCAGUGGUCAACUGUGGUCGAGUUUAUGACAGUGCACCCCUCCUGGGUGGGCACUUAAAAAGGUUUGAUCACUCCCCCUGCGACCCAGCCAUCAAUCUCAAAGGAACUCAAUCCCAGCUCUUGGCUUGUGUUGCCUGUGGUCAACAUUUUCAAACUAAAGAAGCGUGGAAGAAACAUCUGGAGUCUAAGGUAUCCUCAUCUUCCCCUGACGGUCACAGCAUCAAUCAGAUCUAUCAGUGGAUUUCCUGUUUUGCCUGCCCUGCCUGCUACCUCCUGUUUAACCUCCGAGAUGAGUGUCUUCAGCACAUGUCCACCAAAAACCACUUCACAGAGUCACUCGCCAUGAAUGAAACUAGAGGAAGAGGACUGCCAGUUCCCAUCCCGCAAUAUGUGAAGAAUCGUCUGGUCACUUUGUGCAGGGAUACAACAUUUAGUGUCCGCUGCUCUCUUUGUUUCAAAGUACUGACCUCACAUCAGACCGCUCAAGCUCAUUUCAACGUGCACUGCAGACAGGGCUGUGCAGUAGCCAAGGCUGAUAAAACCAUAGUACAGGUGAUGAAGCAGCUGCAAGUGAGAGGGCAGUGUUCCCUAUGCUGUAAAAUCUUCCUCAGCCAAGCUGAAAUUGAUAUGCACAAGGAGUCGACCCAGCAUGAUGUGGAGGUCAACCAAACAAUGGCGAAAGCCAUCCUUCAGCACUGCAGGUUUAGAGAUGUUCAACACACCCAGAAGGCUGAAGAGGCCCAGAGGAAGAGACAGUCCACUGGCCCUGAAACACCUCUUCAAAAAAGAAUCAAGAAGAGGAGAGAUGGUGAAGAAUCUCCAGCCAAACGGCAGAAACAGAGCACGAGUGUGAAUGGCAACACUACGACGUUAUGGUUCUGCGAGUGUGGUCAACAGUAUCCAGAGGAGGCUGCAGCCAGUAACCAUCUCUUGGCCGUGAACCAGAUUUUUCAUCAGUGUGGUGUGUGUGGCAAACACAUGGGAGAGUCCUCAAUAGCCCGCCUGCAUAUGAGUCGCAUGCACGGGGGUGCUCAUCUCUCUAACUUCCUCUUCUACUGCUGUAAAUGCAAAGUGGAAAUGCCUCGGUAUCAAGACAUCUUAUCACAUGUGUCAGAAGCUCACAGUGGACACACCUAUUACACUGAACAGGAAGUGCCGGAGGAGCUGGCCGCUGUCAUGGAUGCCAAGCCGUCCACCAGCAGCGGAGUCGCCCCACGUUUAUCCUCAAAGUCCAGAGUCCUGCAGAGCACCUUGGAGACUCCUUCUCCACCAGCAGGUCAGACCUGGAUGUGCAGAAUGUGCGAGGACAUCUUCGACUCAGAAGCCGACGUACACAAACACUGCAAGGACUUGAGCAGUCACAGCUACCAGAGAUACAUCUGUGGACACUGCCCGCAGAAGUUCUUCAAAGAGUCCACCGUGCGCAGACAUUGCAUGAACGAGCACAACGGGGAGUUGAAGAGUUUCCACUUCUGCGGCCUCUGCGACAGCAUGCAGUUCGAGUCGGAGGGAGAGUUCUUGGAGCAUUACAAGAAUCUUCACAGUAAGGACUACUACUGUAUGGAUGAGGUUGUUCAGCCCACUGUUGUUGAAAGCGCCAAUCAGCCGACAUGUCCAUGCAUGGGUUCUGACACAAGCAAAGAGGAAAGGAAGGCUACAUAUACACAGUGCAUGAAGAAUCUGUCUGCUGAAGGCAAAUGUCAGUUUGUGUGUGAUCACUGUGGUACAUGUUUGCCUUCCUACGCGCGGAUCAAGACUCACAUUCACACACAACACCAAGCUUUUAUCCUGGUCAAGACAUUCGAAGUACAAUGCGAAGCUUGCCAAGAGACAUUUACAGACGUACCGAGUUUCCAUAAACACCAUCACUCCCAACACUGCACACUGGAACCUUGCAGGACAACAUCCAGAACCUGCAGCAAAGGCGUAAAAGUCGAGCCGACCACUGUAAAAAUCCUGGUCGCUCAGGAGAUCAAACCAAACACCGAUGAGAUUGAAGACGACGUACUGGAUGAGGUCAUGAACAUGGAUCAGGCCAACAAGGAGAUGGAAGUGCAAGAAAAUGAUUCUGAGGAGGAGAUGGACCAUGGACUUUCUGUGAGUGCAGAAGAAGAAUCAAGAGAGUCUGAAGAGUUGGAAGAAGCUCUCAAAAGAAGUCUCUUAGAGUUUUAAGGCGAUGAUAAAAACAACAUCUAACAUUCAUCAGACAUUAUAUUUGAAAUGUUUUGUACCAGGUAUUUGUGUUCAGAAUGAUUUCAAUAAAUGUAUGUCGCUAUUAAGUUUUUCUGUUUUAAUCAAUAUAAACAUUUAUCAGUAUAUGACAAUAAACAAGUCAAUACAGCUCA